ACUUCGAUCGAUUGAUGAUAAGAGCAUUUUCAUCAUUUAUACCGACGGCUAGACUAUUGGAAUCAUAUUGUUGUGGUUGUUCCCGCAGAUCUCGGUCAGAGUGAUUGCCGUACUCGCUGUCGGUGCCAUUUAUAUUAGCGAAAUGAUUCAUUUCAAAUUGUUGACCUUAUUCGGUUUCAUUUUUAUGGCGAACGGAAUCUUUCUCUCCAAUCUCAAUUCUACGUGCUUCCGUUGUAUUUGCGAAGCUUCAACAGGUUGCAGCAAUCGAUUACAGUGCGGACAAGGGUAUUGUGGGCCGUUUUCUAUUUCUCGAGCCUAUUGGAUCGAUGCUGGGAAGGUGGUCAAGGCUGAUGACGAUCCCAAUCGUUGGGGCUCGUACGAAGAUUGCGCCAAUCAGUAUGCUUGCGCUACCAAUAUAAUAACACAAUACAUGGAGAAAUAUGGAAAAGAUUGUAAUAAUGAUGGGCUGGUGGAUUGUGUCGAUUACGCUAUGCUACAUAUCAACGGAGGGCCAACUUGUCAUUUAGCGUUGAACUCAGACUUCAGACUAAAGUUCCGCAGUUGCUUGCAAAAAAGUCAACAAUGACCCAGGGAGAAUAAAUCACGAAACUUUUUUGUGUAAUGCAUACAGGCCUUAUGUUUUCGAAAAAAAUUCUGAUUUAACAUUCA